AUGUCCGAAGAUGAGGAUGAUGGCAAUACCUGGAACGAACAUCAUCUUGAGCCCAUUGCAGAAGCGAAGUCUGUCUCUGCCUUGACACCACAGGCUGGUGCCCAGAGGCAUAACAUCCUCGAUUUGACAGAAGAAGAGCCGCUCGAAACCAACGACAAGCAAUUUACUGUCCCUAGCCCCGCAACGCGACAGGACGACGCCAACCCCCACUCAAGUCCGAAUCAGCAGAACGAAUCUGUGGAAGAAGCAUACUACGGUGGCUCCGAUGAUAGUACUGAAGGGCCGGUGUUGUCUUUCGCAGUUCUGUCCCGUUCGCUGGCACCUGUGGACCCUGUUGGACAUGAUGACAUGGCAACUCCGCAAAACACUGCAGUAAUGGUAUCCAACCAGGACAGCCCCAACACUCAUGAAGUAACUACGCCUGUCAAGCCUGACUUCUCUCACUUCCUGGACGCCGAGGAGCUGGGUGACCCGAUGGACGGCCCUCCGACCGAUAUCUACCUGAGGAACCACUAUUAUCAGCCCUUCGACAAGGAUGUUUUGAGCGACGGUGUCACACCCAAGGCUACGCCCUCGACUUCGCCUCAGCUGGUUCGAGAUAACGACAGACCCUCCAGGCCAUCCACACCAGUCAGGCAACGGACCGUCUCUGUCGGGAGUGGUGAGCACAAUGGGACAAUAACGGUGGGAUGCGGUGCAUGUGCUGGUGGUGAAAUGGGACCACUGUCGCCCACUGGUUCGACUACAUCUACGCAGCAGGCUUGUGAGAGACACAUUCAAAAGCUCAAGUCCGAAGAAGAAAUGAGAAUGCAGAUUCCCACACCGAUUCCAUCACCGGCUGCGUACAGAGGCCGGCACAAGCUGACAGGCUGGCAAUCAAGACCCGCGACACAAACCAGCAUCGCUCUCUCUAACAUCGGCAUGCCCUCGGUUGUGCGGUCACCGCACCAGAAGAAGCCGAAGCCGAAGCCGAAGCCGAAGCAGAAGCAGAAGCAGAAGCAGAAGCACGUGGACGAUCCGCCGUCACAGAAAACGACAAACCCGCAGCAAAAGCAGGACCCCGUAAAGUGGUCCAGGAGAUGGUGGCGAGACUCUCACUCCCGGGCUGCCAGUAUUUCGACCCCAGCCAAUCCAAGUGGUGACGUUACCGCUGUGGCUGCCGGGAUUGACAGCGAAGAUGAAAGCAGUGAGAGGGGGACGCUCCCGAUCGCGCCGUUCUACGCAGAUCUUUCUUGUUCUGAAUUUGGACCGCCAUCCAGGUCCGUGACACCAAGACCUCAAACCGCCAACUGGAGGCCACCCCAGCCAGCGACAGCGUGUCGGAAUCUCCUGACCGUGUUCGACGACAUUUCCAUAGACAACAUUAUAGAGUCAGAACCCGAUCUCCCUGUCUCGUACGCCGACCUAGACGAUCUCGCCGAGCGGACGCCACAAUGGGACGAAGACGAAGACCAAGACGAAGACGGGGAAGAAGAGUACCACGACGUUCCGGACUGGGACCUCGACGCUGCCCUCCCUCCACCCGAUAUAUCCCGCCACCCGCUCGACAGAGGUAGCCCACGGUCCACCAGAACCGAUCCACGCCGUCUAUCCUCCCUGACGAGUCGAUCAUGGAGGACGAAGAUGAAGACGAAACGGAUGUCAAUGCCAGACCAUCUCGCGGACACAACGCUGCGUUUUCUGGAGGAAGAGUCACGAAGUGGUCUUCAGCCAAGAAGACAGAGACCAUAUGCUGUUGUGGCAGGCGUAGGUGCCAGCGCCAGCGCCAGCGCCGGUGCGCGUCCAGGCCCAGGCCCCGGCCAACCCACCGGCAUCGCUCGACUCGAGGCCAUAAUGGAACGGGCGGAGGAAGAGGCGCGAGCGAACCGAAAGAAGAAGAAGAAGGGCAUGAGAGGUCUUUGGCGCAGGUUCACGCGAAGGGUUUGA